AUGGCAGAACCUUACAAGCCAGCAGCUCGUAUUAUGAGCGAUAAAAUGGAAAAGCGCUUCUCAAAAGAUGUAUUAUAUUGGCGACGUGUGGAACGUUUGGCAGUUUUUCAAGAGCCAGGUAAUAUUACUAGCACGUUUUUCUCUCCAACAGAUAGCAACAUGGUCGCUAGUACUUCUUCUGUCAAGCUAACAAUUUAUGAUGCCACAAUUUGUGAACCCUUAGUAACAUACGGACGUUUCAAGCAAGCUGUUUAUGGGGCAAGGCUUCGUCGUGAUGGCAAACUGUUAGCUGUUGGUGACGAAGAAGGAAAGGUUCGUCUGUUUAAUGUGCGAAAACAAGCAGCAACUUCUGACGGAAAGAAAGCUCCAUUAAGAGUUUUUAAAGCUCACGAAAGUGCAGUCCAUACGGUGGUUUUCACAAGAUCUGGGCGAACACUUGUAACAAUGGGUGAUGAAGGUAGUAUCAAAUUAUGGGAUAUUACUGAGACGAAGUCUACUCCACUUAAAGUAUUCACUGCCGCUCAUAUGGAUCACAUUCGAUGCAGUGAUGCUUCUGUCCUUUCUGAUCAUCUAUUCGUAAGCGGUUCAUACGAUCAUACAGCGAAAGUCUGGAAUGCUGAAGCAGAGGAAGCUUUAAUGUCUGUGGAUCAUGGCUCACCCAUUGAACAAAUUUUACUUCUUCCCGGUGACUCAUUCAUUGUUACAGCCGGCGGACAGCUCAUUAAAUUUUGGAAUAUUGCUUCUGGUGGUAUUUUGCACCAUACUCUUCAUCAUCAUCACAAAACGGUGACUUCACUUUGCCUUGCUUCAAAAGGUACUCGUCUUCUUUCGGGUGGCCUUGAUAAAAGGGUAAAUGUUUUCAGUCUCGACAGUGGUGACUACAAACUAGUACAUUCGUUCAGUUUACCUGCUCAGAUACUUACGUUGUCGAUUUCGUCAAAUGACAAGUUCAUUGCUAUAGGUAUGGGUAAUUUAUUGCAAAUUUCCAUGCGAAAUGAACCAGGAAAGUUGGAACAAUCUUUAGAAGCUGCACAAGCUGAAAAUGCAGGACUUGAAUACCAUAAAAAAUUGCCCCCAGAUGUACCUGUCGUACGCCAACUAUUUCGAGGUGGAACUGUAGAAAAGGCUGAGUUCUCUGCUGCUCGCAUUCCGGAGGCGAAAUUGAAUAAAGUUGAUUUAUUGUUGCGAAGAUUUAAGCACUGGAAAGCAGUCGAUGUUCUGUUUCGGGAGAAACACUAUAAAUCACGUCCUGAUAUUAUUGUCGGAGCAUUAAUGCAGAUUUAUAAACGUGGAGCAUUAACGGUGGCGCUGUCAGGACGUAAGUCAGAUACCAUUCAUCCAAUACUUGUCUUUCUGAUGCAGAAUUUCUUUCGCCCCGAAUAUCUGCAUAUAUUACUGAAGACAAUAACCAUUAUGUGUGAUAUUUAUGGGAAUGAGAAUAUCGAGCAAAGAAUUGCCAGAAUAUUUUCUAAACUUCAUCGCGCAGUUCAGCGAGAAAUUGAAGUUCGCAAUAAGUUAGCUGAGUUACGUGGUAUGUUAGAUAUGCUCAUUCAAGUAUCAGAAAUGAACAAUGGAAAAUUGAUAGAUAAUGAAGAAGAUGAUAGAAUUUUUGGUGAAGUCGUUGUAACUCCUAUUCCUUUUACAAUGGAUGCUAAUGGACGAAGUAAGAAUAACGGUUUUUCUAGUACUGCCUAA